AUGUUUAGGCAGAUUAUUUGUUCCUCUAACAUCGCGUCCCAGCUGCACGAUCACCAGAUGGAGGCGAUCCUGAAGAAACCGCUGCGCAGUGGCGACGGUGCUGGGAAGCGCAACGCAGUGGCGCUGGACCUCGAGAGCGGCGAGCCCCUGGUCGACGAUUCGGAUCCCAAGAAGACGGGGAAGAAGCGGUUCAUGGAGAAGCUGAUGAAGGACCCGCAGUUGCAGAAGUCCUUCCCCGUCUUCUGGCUGGUGUGCGUCGCGCUGUCGACCUUCGAGUACUUGGUCACCAUCCGCCCCCUUGGCCACGCUGUGGCGCCGGUCGGCUCCCUCCUGUUCGAGCUGGGCGUCCCGCUGUCGCUGCUUGUCUUCGCCUGGACCGCCCUCGCCGACCCCGGGAAGCUGCCCCAGCAGCCGAAGGGCCGCUCGGGGAUGGAGGAGCUGAUGCGGGCGCUGGACGGCGGCGCGCCCGAGGACCGCCUGCCCGACGUGUCCCGCCUCUGCACCACGACGUGGGUCCUGAAGGGCCUGCGGACCAAGUACUGCACGCAGACCGGCGCGUGUGUUGACGAGUUCGAUCACUACUGCGUGUGGCUGAACACUGCCAUAGGCAGAGGGAACCACCGUCAGUUUAUUUGCCUCGCGAUCGUAGAAUUGGCCACUCAGAUUUGUUUCUUGUGGGUCUGCUGGAACGUGGUCUGGGUCCUGGUGAGCGCGACCUCCGUUGGCGGCUGGCUUUUUGAGCUAAUCCUGGGCCAUCCCCUCUUCGUGCUGAUGGUGCUUUCGCACGCGCUGACCGUGCCGUGGGUUACUUUUCUGCUGAAGACGCACGUCAAGAUGAUCAAUCAGAACCUCACCACCAACGAGAUGAUGAACAUGGCUCGCUACGAACACUUCUGGAUCGAAGAUGACUACGGCGUGAAAAAGUUCGAGAACCCUUUCAGCAAGGGUGGGUGGUGGGAAAACCAUCGAGACUUCUGGUGGACGCGCAGGCGGGGGCUGUCCUGGAGGGAAAGCGUGCGCGACGAGGAGGUGUGA